CUAAAAAGGUCUCUUUGCCGCAACAGAUUUCUCACUGCGUUAUUCAUAUCCUACCAAAACCCUAGCCGCCAUUCCUCUGCUUGACUCGAAAUGGACGCCGUCGCCGAUCGACCCGAUCCACCUGUGCGCGAGAUGGAGGCGGCCUCCCUCUCGAUUGACCCCGCGCUGGAGCCCGCCCGCCCCCGCACCUUCAUCAAGUCGAUCGUCUCCGGCGAGGUCGGGGUCCUCGUCGGUCAGAAGGUCGUCGUCGGCGGUUGGGUCAAGACAGGGCGCGAGCAGGGGAAGGGUUCCUUUGCGUUCCUCGAGCUCAAUGAUGGCUCCUGCCUCUCGAACCUCCAGGUGAUCGUCGACGCGGCCGUGUACCCUUUGUCCGAGCUGGUGCCCACCGGCACCUCCGUGCUGGUCGAGGGCGAGCUCAAGAAGCCGCCCGAGGGAACCAAGCAGAGAGUCGAGCUUAGGGUGGAGAAGGUACUGGAGAUUGGGCCCGUGGAUCCGGCGAAGUACCCGCUCCCCAAGACGCGGCUUACUCUCGAAUUUCUUCGCGAUUUCAUGCAUCUCCGUGCCCGUACCAACACGAUAUCCGCAAUUGCCCGAAUUCGGGAUGAGCUGGCUUAUGCAACCCAUACAUUCUUCAGGCAAAAUGGAUUUCGGUACAUACAUACUCCUAUAAUUACCACAAGUGAUUGUGAGGGAGCUGGCGAGAUGUUCCAAGUUACCACACUCUUUAGUGACGCUGAGAAGUUGGAGAAAGAGUUGCAACAGAAUCCUCCACCAUCAGAAUCUGAUGUUGAGGCUGCUAAGCUUCUUGUCAAAGAGAAAGGAGAGGUCGUCUCGCUGCUAAAAUCAUCAAAAGCUAGCAAGGAAGAGAUUGUUGCCUCUGUUGCUGAACUAAACAAAGCAAAGGAAAAUGCAUCAAAGCUUGAAGAAAGAUAUAAUUUGAAACCCGGGCUUCCUCGGAAGGAUGACAAGAUUGACUAUGCACGUGACUUUUUUGGGAGACAAGCUUUUCUUACAGUAUCUGGCCAGCUUCAGGUUGAGACAUAUGCUUGUGCUCUUGGAAACGUGUAUACCUUUGGACCAACUUUUCGAGCAGAACACUCCCACACAUCACGCCAUUUGGCCGAAUUUUGGAUGGUUGAGCCAGAGAUAGCAUUUGCCAAUCUGGAGGAUGAUAUGAACUAUGCUGAGAACUAUGUGAAGUUUCUUUGCCAAUGGUUACUUGAUAAUUGUCGGGAAGACAUGGAAUUUAUGGUCAAGAACUAUGAUAAGACGGCUAUAGAGCGUUUAGAGCUUGUUUCAUCAAUGCCGUUUGAACGCAUUUCAUACACCAAGGCUGUGCAGCUUCUAGUCAAUGUGACAGACAGGAAGUUUGAGAACAAGGUGGAAUGGGGAAUUGAUUUAGCAUCAGAGCAUGAAAGGUAUUUGACAGAGGUGAUAUUCAAGAAGCCAGUCAUUGUAUAUAACUAUCCAAAAGGCAUUAAAGCAUUUUAUAUGAGGCUCAAUGAUGAUAAAAAAACAGUAGCUGCUAUGGAUGUGCUUGUGCCCAAGGUUGGUGAGCUAAUUGGCGGAAGCCAAAGAGAGGAGCGUUUAGAGAUUCUCAUUAAAAGAAUUGAAGAUUCAGGGUUGCCUCUUGAGCCCUAUGAAUGGUACCUCGAUCUCCGACGUUUUGGCACUGUUAAGCACAGUGGAUUUGGCUUAGGUUUUGAGCGCAUGCUCCUUUUUGCCACUGGCAUAGACAACAUCAGAGACGUUAUCCCAUUUCCAAGAUACCCGGGAAGGGCUGAUCUUUGAUUAUUCUAUUGGUUCUAUCAUUACUGCCUAUUCUUAUGCUAUUUAAAAGGUUGGAUCUUAUUUGUGCCUAGGAUAGUGAAUUCUCAUACUAAACCUUAGCACAGAUUUUGCAUCUUCAUAUCAAUUUCGAUAUAGCUUAUCUUUUCUGAUAGCGUUGGAUUCUCAUGUGGUGUUUAAUUCAAGCUUUAUCAAAGUCCAAAGUUCGUCAUCUA